UAUGUAUCGUUCAUGUUAAACUGCACCAAAAUAUAUUAGAACAAAUAUAGCAUGUCAACAAUAUUUUUAAAAUUGUACAUUUGAUGUAGAGGGAAGUUUGAGAUUUAAAACAUAAUGUAAUGAUGUAACAAUUAAGGAAUCAUGUAUAAUUUAAUAUAAUAUAUUUAUAUAUAAAAUGCAGGAUCAUUAUGAUUUUGGAAUGAACAGUUAUAUGUAUAUAAUAUAUAUAAAAUUUUAUAAAAUAUUUCUGUAUUUUAAAGGAUGUGAAAACUCAAAUUAUUAUUUGUUUUUACAAUUUUAGAUAAUUUUGUUCUUAUUUAUUGGAGGAUGUAUGAGUAUUUCUGAUGAUUCAAACUAUGAUUUUGAAGAGAGUUGUUAAAUAGAUACAAAUAUAAUAAAUGUUUUCGGACUGGUUAACUUGUGUAUUAUUUACAUUUCAAAAUGCUCAUUUUGAA